AUGAGGUCAUCCACAGUCGUUAGUAUUCUACUUUCGAGCCUUACGGUCCUCGAAGCAGCCAGCAUCCGAAGAGUAGCUAAGGGCGUUGCAACCGUUGACCUUUCCAAGACUUCCGGCCAGGCAAAAUUCCUUGCUUCUGGAUGGAUCUACGGAUUUCCCGACAACGGAACAGCAGCAGAUACUUCGAUUCCCGCGAAUUACAUUACGGACGUCAAAUUCGGUGCUAGCCGAGCUGGCGGUGCUCAAACGUCUUCCCGUGGCUGGGUCGAUGGUUACCAGAGCUACAUUCCGCGCUUCGAGUCCACCCUUUCUAACUACCGUACCACUCGGAAAUACAAUGGCGAGUUUAUACUCCUCGUCCACGAUCUAUGGGGAGCAGAUGGCAGCAGCAUCCCUUACUUCCCUGGUGAUAAUGGUAACUGGACCGAAACCGACGCUUUCUUGACCCAGCUCGUCAAAGACAUCAAAGCCAACAACAUGCUCGACGGCCUUAUCCUCGACCUCUGGAAUGAACCUGAUAUUGAUAUAUUCUGGGCUCGUACUUGGCCUCAAUACCUUGAUUACUACGUCCACGCCCACAACUUCUUCAAGCAAGUUUCCACACACAUAAGUGGCCCUUCCAUGGCCAGCUCACCUAGUACUAACUCCGAAAAUUGGCAAACCUGGCUAAGCACCAUAGCAAGCAAAGACGCCACCCCAGAUAUUUACUCUUGGCACCAGAUCGGUAACUCGUCCCGCCAACCUGACGCCACAAUCCCUGACUUUAACACCCUCCGUUCCUCGAAAAACCUGCCUGAACGCCCUAUCGACAUUAACGAGUAUGCAGCAAAAGAAGAGCAAACCCCCGGCUGCUCCGUGUACUACAUUGCCCAACUCGAGCGUCACAACUUGCGUGGUCUACGUGCAAACUGGGGAUCUGGAACGGGCCUUCACGAUUCGCUCGCUAAUCUGGUCUUUAAUCAGAGUGGCGCUGGGUAUCUUCCGAAUGGAGAGUGGCAGUUGUACAAGUAUUACGCCGGGAUGACGGGAGAGAGGCUUGCAACCAAGGCGGCUGAUGAUAGUCUGUUUGACGUAUUCGCGACCAAAUCUGCCGACGGGCUGGUGAAGGUUAUCGCAGGGACGCGCAUUGUGAAUGGCCAGUACGAUAUUCAGCUUAGUGGAUUAAAGGGCGCGUCGGUUAGUGUCGCUACCUAUCGUUUUGACUGGGCGGGGCCUAUGGGCGAGAUAAUGGCGCCCGUGGCGUUGGGUACUAGCACAGUGAAUAUUAGUAGUGGGAUGAUUACUAUCUCAGUUGAUCCGGCGACUAACGCGACCGCGUAUGCAUAUGAGAUUUCUGACGUGAAGGAGUGA